UGUCAUUGUCAAAAAUAAAAUUACUAAUAGAAUACGGAAGCGAAGGGGAGUUACAUACUAUACGAAGUUUUUAUGUUGAUAAUUACUUUAUUAACUUGUUAUUUUAAAUGCAAUUUAAAGAAUAAUGCUCAUUUAGAUUAUUUAUCAACCUGCAAUAAUGGCAGCUGCUAACGAAGAUGAAAUACUAGAAGGUUUUUUGUGCCCUAUUUGUAAAGCAGAUUUAAAGUCUGCUUCGCAGCUAACAAGCCACUUUGAAAGCCUCCACCAGGAAGAACAAGAUGUUCUUAAAUCAUUAAAAGAUAUCUUCGGAAAAGCCAAGAAAAUAAUACUCAACAAUGAUGAAAACGACUUGAAAGAGACGUUUGACAGAGCGUUAAAGUUUAAUUACCAAGAGCAGGCUUAUUACUCACAAGAACAAGUGAUAGGUGUGUCUCGGAGUUCUACGGAUUAUUUUAAAGCAGUACGAUCAGCUAGACUCGAGAGAUAUGCUACUGAAACUAAUAAGUUAUUGAUAAGACUAGACAAAUUAGUGUGUAAUAUGCCAAGUGAACCAAACCUACGUAAACAAUAUGAACAAGAGGUAGUGCCAUGGCUUGAUGGCUCUUCUGUGAAACUGUGCCCAAACUGUGCAAAAACUUUUAAUAUCACAAGAAGAAAGCAUCACUGUAGACUCUGUGGAUCUAUAUUAUGUCAUGACUGUUCACUUUUCCUGGAUUUGAAUAUAGCGAGAGCCAUUGUUGACCCAUCAGCAGCAAUUUCUGCUGAGGUACAAGACCAAGAAUCUUUAGAGAAGAAUGGUCUAAGACUGUGUGAGCAUUGUUACAAUCUUGUAGAACUAAGGAAACAGAUUCAGGAUAGCAGAAAUGCAAAGACUGUGGUCAUGACAGCUUAUGAACAGAUGAGAAGUUUGAUGGAGCAAGCUAAACCUGCUGUUGCUAUGUAUGAAAAGAUGUGUCAAAGUCUUUUUGAUGGCGAGACAACAUAUAAUCUGUCAGAUGUAAAUGCGAUGCGCGGACGCAUCGGCAAACUGGCAGAGGGUAUCGAUCUACUAAGUAAGCAGAUUGCAGCGCAUCCUAGCACGCCUGGCACCCGCGAGGCGCGCCUGCAUGCUGCUAUAAGGCAAGCAGCAGCGCAUUAUAUCAAGGAGGAUUUAUUAUCCCUACGCAAGUUACCGACCGAGGCGCAGAUAGAGGAAGUACGAAGGCAACGUUACGAGCGAGCGGAGAAACAGAUCCAAAUGGAGCGUCAGCGGAUGGAGGCCGAAGAGAUCUCCAACGAGACCGCCGGGGCGAGUUCAGCCGCGAUGGUAGACCAUGAUGACGACGAUCCUUUAUUGGAGCAGAUGAAUAUUAUUAGAGGGUACAUAAAGGAGGCCAGGAGGGAGCUGAGGUUUGAAGAGGUGGCGAUAUUAGAAGCGAAUCUAAAAGAACUGAAAAAAGAAUACCAAUUUCUAAAGCUUUCCAAUAGGUCCUAGUCAAUUGUAUGAUUAGCAUUUACAAAUAUUCCAAUACAAAAAUAUAUUUAAUAAUUUUGCUUUUCUUGUAUUUAUAUUUAAAGCUAAUUAUUUUAUAGGUACAACAGUUUAAUAGGUACAAGAAAUUAAUAAAGUUAUUUAUAAACAAUUUAAUA